UAUUAUUGAACCAGUUUUAAAGAAAACAAAUCUGGAUCCACAGGAUCUUAGGAAUUUUAGGCCAAUUUCAAAACUCUCUUUUAUGAACAAGAUUUUAGAAAACGUUGUACAUUAUCAACUUGUUGACUUCUUAAGUAUAAAUAAUAUAAUGGAUAUUUUUCAGUCCGGCUUCAGGAGUAACCAUAGUACUGAAUCAGCUUUAUUAAAAGUCACAAAGGAUAUAUUAGUAAGUAUGGAUUCUGGGAAGGGCGUUGCAUUGAUGAUGUUAGAUUUGAGCACAGCUUUCGACACUGUUGUUCACGGAAUCUUAUUGCAACGUCUCAGAGACUAUGUUGGUAUAAACGAUGUAGCCCUUAAGUGGUUUGAUUCUUACUUACAGGACAGGACAUGUUCUGUUAAGAUUGGAAGUUGCGUUUCGGAAACUACAACUGUCUUGUGGGGGGUCCCUCAGGGAUCAAUCCUUUGUCCAACUUUGUUUUCCUUAUACAUGCUACCUUUAGGGUCAAUCUUUAGACUAUACAAUAUUAGUUGUCAUCUGUAUGCAGAUGAUCUGCAGCUGUAUUUUCCUCUGAUGACAGAUUCAUGUGUAGCUUUCGAUAGUUUUCACAAAUGUUUAACUGAAGUUAAAGGAUGGCUUGUGAGUAACUUUCUGCAACUAAAUGAGGGUAAAACAGAAUUUAUAAUCUUUGGGAAUAAACAGUUUUAUAGAGGCCAAACUGGAAACGUUGGACUACCGUCCUUUAAUAUAAACAACCAUAUUAAAUCUCUCGGCCUCGUCUUGGACUCGGAACUCCGAUUGGAUCGUCAAGUAAAUAGUGUUGUGAAAGCAUCUUUUUUUCAGUUGAGAAAACUGUCUAAGCUGAAAUCUAUACUGUCAAAGAAUGAUUUGGAGAUUGUUAUACAUGCUUUUAUUUCUACGAGGUUGGACUAUUGUAAUGCUUUAUAUCUGGUUUUUAACGAAUACUAAGAAAUGGGAGCAUAUAACCCCUGUGUUGGUAUCUUUACACUGGCUACCUGUAACAUAUAGAAUACAAUAUAAAGUACUGAUGCUUGUUUAUAAGGCUUUAAAUGGUCAGGCACCGGAGUAUAUAGAGGACAUGUUGACCCCCUACCGAACUCAAUGCCCAUUGCGGUCCUCCAAUAGUAUGCUGUUGACUGUUCCACGAUCUCGGCUGAGGCGUAGUGGAGACCGUGCUUUCUCUGUGAAAGACCCUGCUCUAUGGAAUGCGCUACCCAUAUCACUGAAGGAUUAUCGGGAGGAUGGCAUGGACUUGGGCAGCGAUACUUCCAGUCACUCCAGUUCUGAGUCUAACUCCAACAAGGUGACGCCGUGUUCUGAAUACAAGUCCUCUCCCAGUCUGGAUCUGACCGCUCUGGAGGAUUAUGAGGAGGAUGAGGAGCAGAACAGGAGCAGAGUGCUGAUGGACUGGGACCGGGAAUACCUCCAGCGACAAAACUUCACGCGUGACACCAUCAACAGCCGCAGCCUGGCGGAGGAGCUGCAGACGUCCGCUCUGCCAUUUGUGCCAGAGGAACUGAAACAGAACGGAAACGUGAUAGAGCCCCGUGGCCAUCGGCCGUUGCCCGGCUCUCGUGAUAGUAAGACUUUAGAUGAGCCGAAGCGUCGGGUCACCGGGCCGGAAGCCGGAGGAUACAGAGAAGAAUGUGUGGAAGAAAACCAACUUCCUGCCAUGGACUGGGCGGCACUGGAGAAACACCUGGCAGGUCUUCAGUUCAGAGAACAACAGCAGAACCACGGCCUGAGCCGGACCUGCUCCACAAACGCGCAGAAGAAUGAGCGUGAAUCCAUCCGACAGAAGCUGGCACUGGGCACUUUCUUUGAUGACGGUCCGGCCGUCUACACCAGCUGCAGUAAAAGCGGCAAACCCAGUCUGUCAUCACGGCUUCAGAGUGGCAUGAAUCUGCAGAUCUGUUUUGUUAAUGACAGUGGCAGUGAUAAAGACAGCGAUGCUGACGAUAGCAGGACAGAGACCAGCCUGGACACACCGCUGUCACCAAUGAGCAAACAGAGCUCAUCAUACUCGGACAGAGACGCCACAGAAGAUGAUUGUGAGUCUCUGGAGGACAUGGACUUUCUGAGUCGACAGAAGAAGCUUCAGGCGGAGGCCAGACUGGCUCUAGCGAUGGCCAAACCCAUGGCCAAGAUGCAGGUGGAGGUGGAGAAACAGAACCGGAAGAAAUCUCCGGUGGCAGACCUGCUUCCUCACAUGCCCCAUAUCAGUGAAUGUCUGAUGAAGAGGAGUUUAAGACCCACUGACCUCAGAGACAUGACCCUCGGCCAACUGCAGGUCAUCGUCAACGACAUUCACUCACAAAUCGAAGGUCUGAAUGAAGAGCUGGUGCAGCUGUUGUUAAUGCGAGAUGAGCUUCAGAUGGAACAGGACGCGAUGCUGGUGGACAUCGAGGACUUGACCAGGCAUGCUCAGAGUCAACAGAAACACAUGGUGGAGAAGAUGCCCUCCAAAUGAAAAGUCACUCGCCAUCACCGUCCACAGCAUCAGUGUAGAGCAGACCCGUUUCCUUUGCUUCUGUGCUUCAGGACAGCCGAUGAUCGGUCACGACGUCAGGCGUCAUCACUGGAGAGCCGAUCUGAGAUCACUGGAGUCUCCGCUUUCUCAUACGUUCGCUUGAAUCUUUUACUUUGGCCACUAAAUUGUGUAAAUGGUGGAAAACCCUAGCGAGAAAAUAAUGAUCAUAAUACUAAUAAAAAGAAAGAAGUAUUCUCUGUGGAAACCGACAGUAUUUAAACGAAACAUCAGGUGCUCAAGAGGAAUGUUGCCUGCCUUGUAGUCGACUCGUAGCUUUUGGUGACAUGGGUUCACUUCACUUCAUCUGCUGAAUCCAACAAGCGUGUGUUAAUAUCAUGGUCGUCAUUCUUAUUGUGUUCAGAUGCUUUAUUUGAGGGACAACUGAUUAUGUACAGAUAUGUAUAAAAAAGACAAAUAAAACUUUGUUUCAUAGA